AUGCUUGAAGUUGCGAAUCCAGGAAGCAAGACGACAUUGUCGCUCGAUGAAAAUGGGAGGUUCCAGUACUUCUUUGUAUCAUAUGCUGCUUGGAUAAUUGGUUUUCAAGAAAUGAGAAAAGUAAUAGUCGUUGAUGGUGCAUUUCUAAGGAGCAAGUAUGGAGGAGUUCUGCUAUCGGCGGUGGCACAAAAUGCCGAGAAUCAUAUAGUUCCAGUGACUUUCUGUGUCGUGGACAAGGAAUGUGAUGUCUCAUAUGAAUAUUUUUUUCAAAAUAUGAGAAGCUUUGUAGAUGAUACUGAUGAGCUGUGCAUUAUCUCUGAUAGGCAUCCAAGUAUUCGAAAGAUGGUUUCGAGAAUCUACCCUGCAUCUCAUUAUGGUUGUUGCAUGAGACACCUUGGGGAAAAUUUUCGAAAUAAAUUUCAAAAUUCAAAGGCCACUGAAGCUCUUGAACUUAUUGAAUUUCACACAUGGAGUAGGGCAUUUUGCCCGGGAAAUAGAUAUAAAAUUAUGACAUCAAACAUCGCGGAAUCGGUGAAAACUAUGUUUGAUGUUGAAAGAGAAUUUCCCAUAGUCGCUAUAUUUGAUGAAAUAAACAGGAGAUUUGCAUUGUUAUUUCACCUGAGGCGUAUGGAACUAGUGCACUCCGCAAAUAGAUUUGUUACUUCAAUUGAAAAAGACAUAUCAGAGUAUGUCAACGCGGGCAACAAGUUGUUGGCCCAUCAAAUCGCUAACUACAAGUUCAGUGUCACUGGUCAUGGAGAUGUUGCUACUGUGAAUCUACAAGGAAGAACUUGUACUUGUAGAAUUUUUGAUUUGGACAAAAUACCUUGUCCACAUGCCAUGGCAGCGAUUCGAUCCCAACAUGGUGGUAAUUUUGGAAAUCAGAUUUUCUUGUACUGCUCUCCAUAUUAUUCAGUGGAAAAAUACAUAAUGGCAUAUUGUCAGGAAAUUCACCCGGUGCAAACUGAAGAUUCUUGGGUUGUCCCUUUGGAUAUCAUACAGAGAGAAAUACCUCCUCCAUAUGUUGAUCCAAGAAAACUCGGAAGAAGGACAUAUAAGAGAUGGCAUGGAGUUGGUGAAUCAUUUCCAACAAGAAAAAAUAAGUAUUGA